AUGAGCUUUGAACCAGAUGAAGUUGAGGCAGCCCUGAAAGGAAAAGUCAUUGACGGAUGGUCUAUUGAGAGUUCCCUAGGAAGCGGAGCAAAUGGAAUUGUACUAAUGUGUAAGAAAGGUUCAACAAAAGCGGUAAUGAAGUUAGCUCUAUCGACUUAUGCAGCGUCAAGUCUCGAAUGGGAAAGUCUUGUGAUGGAUCGAAUUAUCGGAAGGCACAAUGCUGAAGACCGUACCGUGCAUUUAGUUCGAAAACUGGGAAGUGGUACUGCUCAAGUUACUAUAGGAGCAAAGACUGCUGAACUCGCGUACGUGCUAAUGGAAUGUUUACCCGGAAAUCCGGUACCAAUCAUUGGAAAUCUUCAAGGAGAAGAGCAGACAUUGAAAAUCAUCGAGUACGGCUUACAACUGCUGAAGGCAAUCUACGACAUGCAUCAAUGUGGCUUUAUCCAUCGUGACAUCAAGCCCGAAAACGUCGGAAUGUACGAAGUAAGCCCUCCAUCCUUACAAAUCGUUCGAGUUCUUGUCAACGGGACUGCGUUGACGAAGAAUAAUAUCGUGGUCAUGUACGAUAUGGGUAUGGCACGGGCGUAUCUGGAUGAAAAUGGCCAACACCGACCACCUCGUUCUCAUGCUGGCAUGAGAGGCACGGAGGAAUGGAGCAGUUUAAAUGCAGAAACCGGUCGAGAUCAGGGUCGAGUUGAUGAUUUAUGGGGAUGGCUGUACUGCCUCAAUGAGUGGGUGAACUGUCGAAGUCAAAAGCCGCAAGUGUGGUCAGCCUACGACAAAGAACCGAACAUUCGGUAA